ACAAUGUCCCAGUGCAUUACAUGAACAUAACCGAGGUGGGUGGAGAGAAAAGAGGCGGCCACACCAGCAAACAGCUUAGUCAAUAAGUUUUUUGUUUUUUUUUUAAAGUAAGACUACGCACGAUUUGUUGUUUGAAACAUCUUUUGACAAAUUGUGAAGAGGGAGAGAGUCCAGAGGGUCUUGCGUAGCCAUGACAGGUGUGUAUGGAUGGGGUCUGAACCCACUCAAUCCAGUCCAAACAGCGAGCCCCUUCAUCGAGAUCAUCGAGCAGCCCAAGCAGCGCGGCAUGAGGUUUCGGUACAAGUGCGAAGGUCGCUCAGCGGGCAGCAUACCUGGAGAGAAGAGCAAUGACACCACCAAAACACACCCAGCCAUUAAGGUGCACAACUACAGCGGCCCCCUGCGCAUUCGCAUCUCGCUGGUGACAAAGAACACACCGUACAAGCCGCAUCCGCACGAGCUGGUGGGAAAAGACUGCAAGCAUGGCUACUACGAGGCCGAUUUGCAGGAGAGGCGAAUACACAGUUUUCAGAACUUGGGCAUCCAGUGUGUGAAAAAGAAGGAUGUGAUUGAAGCCAUUACCUGUCGGCUACAGACCAACAACAACCCCUUCAACAUUCCCGAGGCCAAGGUGUGGGAGGAGGAAUUUGACCUGAAUUCGGUGCGGCUCUGCUUUCAGGCGUCCGUCACGCUGCCCACGGGAGAGCUCCUCUCCCUUGAGCCUGUAGUGUCGCAGCCAAUCUUCGACAACAGGGCCCCAAACACUGCCGAGCUGAAGAUCUGUAGAGUCAACCGCAACUCUGGGAGCUGCAAAGGCGGUGAUGAGAUCUUCUUGCUGUGCGACAAAGUGCAAAAAGAGGACAUCGAGGUGCGCUUCUUUCAGGACAGCUGGGAGGGAAAGGGUACUUUCUCCCAGGCGGACGUCCACAGGCAGGUGGCCAUCGUGUUCCGCACGCCACCGUACCGCCACACCAACCUCACUGAGCCCGUGCGGGUUAAAGUGCAGCUCCGUCGGCCUUCGGACCGUGAGGUCAGCGAGCCUAUGGAUUUCCAGUACCUGCCUGCUGACCGGGAUGAAUACAGUCUGAGUGAAAAAAGGAAACGCACUGCUGAUAUGUUCCAGAAUAUUAAACUGGGACCUGUGCUGUCCACAGAUAGACGACACAUUAGUCCAGCCAGGAGGACGAUGCCAACAAAACCUUCAUCCAUGGUGCAAGCUUUGCCCCCUUGUGCCAGUGUAGCCAAACAGCAGCCCUCCCUUUCGUACAUGCAGCAAAGCCAGAUGUUCUCAGGCCAGCCCAAAGUCGAGGCCUCCUCUUCUUCCAUCUCAGCCACCAGCCAAACGUGGAAGAUCAUGGAGAGCUUGAAUCUUGGCCCACAGCCCAAAGUCACUCCAGUGGUGACUGUCAGCAUGAGCCAAGCAACUGCUUCGUCGUCCUCCUCCUGCCAGGACUACUCCACCGUCAACCUGUCAGACCUUCAGGAGUUCUUCCCCAACAUCUCCUCAGCCAUCACCCAGGAGCCGGCGGCAUUUCAGGGUACCGCAGCCUCUUCACAGUCGGCCAGCUCCUUCUCCUUCCAGGGCUCCCAGUUCCCGGCGGACGCGUCUCUCACUGAGGACGCGUUCCCUGACUUUUCAGAAGACCAGGCUCCAGGAACGCUAGACAGCCUAGACAUGGAUGACUUUGUGGACCUUCUGAAACCGGCGCACGAAAGCGGCAAUGGCACCGCCUGUCACCAAACGGCGGUGGUAUCCCAGAACACUCCAGACCUGGCUGGCAAUCCGGGAAGCACCUGGAUGAAUUAUCCCAACAGCAUCGUCACCCUGCUGCAAAACGAGAGCAUGAUGGAUGUCUUAUCCAACAACAACAACAGCAGCAGCAGAAGCCAGCAAAGGCCUGCUGUGCUGGACGACUAUGACGAGCUGAUUUCGGUGGACGAGGAUCAUCUAAUUUCCAUUUUAGCCGUGGAAGCCAAGCUGGGUUUGUGUCAGGACACCCCACCUAAAAUAACCAACCACACCACUUGUGUGUUUGUAGCCUUUUAGAAAGCAAGGAAGACAUGAAGGGAACACCAGCAGAAAUAAUGUACUGUUGAUUAUCAGGGAGCAAAAACACAAACAAGGCCUUGUUAUUUAAGCAUUUUAAAUGACAGGUCACUAUUAAUACACAAAGACAGAUGGAAUAUUUCCAUCAGUACACUUCAAUAAGUGUACUGUGUAGACUGUGUGCUUAGUUCCUGAUUACUGCAAUUUUGACAAUUUAGUGUUGUCCCAAAUUGAUUUCUGUCAUCAUGCACUUAUCAGAAAUGACAAUCGCAAUAUUUACCUGCUACUACUUCUCUCCUUUUUCAAUGCUGAAUUGCAACCACUUAAAUUAGUCCCACCCCGUCCACUACAUUGCCAAGACAGCCACUAUUGAGGAUGGUAAGUGACCAGCAUUGCACACCCGCUAUUUUGGCUGUGUUAAGUGCAGCAUCUGGGUACUGACAGUGCUAUAUUUUCUGUCAGGUUUAUGCUUCAGUGCCUGCGUACAGUACGCAAACUCGCUCCUCUCCCUGCAAAUCUUCUUGCAUGGUCUGACGCCGUCUUUGAUCGGUCAUUUUUUAGUACAUUUUUUUGUGCAGAGGCGUACAACCCACCUUCUCCCCUGGUUUUGGUAUCAACAUUUGCAAUAAAAGUGAGUCUUUAACAUUCAUUAGCAACAAAGGAAGCUAACAAGCCAGCUAAUCGAGUACUGGAAGCUGAGUUGACUCACCAGAAGACAACACCCUUAGCAUGUCAGCGAAACUGCACAGCAUAUGUUCAACCCCGACAAAGAAUGUCGACAGAUGAAGACAGCGGCAUGGUGAUGCAGAAGCAUAAACCAGUAAACCUAACUAUACAGCCGUUUUAUCAAAUACUCCGCGCAUUGCUUUUUUUUUUUUUUUACAAAAAUGAAGGUCUACUUUGUAAAUAAUGUCACAAAGAAAGACAUUUACUGAUUUUUAUCACUUAUUUUACACCAAAAAUGGCAGCAAUGCCACAAAUCCAGACCUGUAGGUCAGGGGUGCCCAAGUGCAACCCAAUGGCUUAUGGUACAUUGUUAAAACACAAAUGAGGAAAAACAGCAAAAACGUACAUUCAAGUAACUAAUAUUAAAUAUUAUUAAAUAAUAUUGUCACCUAUAACACAAACUGAGAUGCAGGCUGUUUUUUCUAUAAAUAUAACACUGGAUUGGUUUAGCCUGUUUUCAAAAAAUGUUUAUUAUCAAAAUGGCAUUUCAGUAUUCCCAGGGCAGUUAAUCAAUUACAACUGGACUGUUCAUUUUAAAAGUUGUUUUGGCUUCAUCCCAGAAGGCUUCAUCAGUUCAUGCUUAAAGGACAGCAAAAGAGUAAGUACUUUAGAUCCCGCACAAACACCUCAAGACUACAGUUAUCCUAUCUAAUCUUUGAGCAUGAACUGAUGCAGGGUUUUCACAAGUCAAAUUUAAGACGUGUCCUGGCAGAUCUUGUCCAGGGUGUGGCGGGCCCAAGAUCCAUGUCACACGGCAUCACGGUUCGGGUGCUAGAAAACUUGCAUUUACUCAUUUUAUACAAGUAAUUCGGCUGGGCUGUGGGAUUUUGCAGCACACGUACAGCACACUAGCAGGUUGUGCUGACUCAGUUCUGACCAGGCUGCAGAAGUGACUCUAGUUCCAUUUUUACUUGCAUUAUAGUGUUAAAAAAAAUUAUAACGCAAAAAAACUGAAUGACCAAAGUUUAUGGAUUUGUUUUUAAAUAAAAGUAGCGUCAACAAAUUUAAGAGCCUUAAAAUAUUUAUUUUUUUUAUAAUAUAUAGUUUUAUGAGAUUAAGAGAAUUUUACACAUUCAGCCUUUUUUAAGACCCAGAGGAGAUCUUGUGAUGAAGCCUGCUCAUAUGACAUGCCUAACGUCUUACGACAACCUGAACAGUCCAGUUGCGAGAUCAAUUCAAUGCCUUGAGAAAAUUACUUUAAAUGAAUGAAAAUACUCAGGCUUUUCAGUAUUUGGCCCUAUGUGAAAAAUGUCAGCUCUUAUGCUCAAUAUGUAAAUAUAUGUAUAUGUAUAUGUAUAUGUAAUGUGUAAUAAAAGACGCAUAGAGAUGUCUUGUAGUGAUGUGAU